UUCAGUGCAGUAGAAAUAAAGACAGAUGGAGAGGGGAGGAGAGUAGAGCUGUGUGAUGUGUUUGGAGGAGGGACUCCAUCAUUUAGAGAAGUGAAGAAGUUCCUCAUUCUCCAGUGAAGAAAGAAGAGAGGAAAAGAGAAGCAGCGGUAAACCAUCAAAACCUCAAGAUGAAAGUCUGUCACACUUUGAUCUGCUGCUUCUUCCUCUCUCUGCAGGAUGGAAACACUGUUCUCAUCGAUCAUUCAAAGAUCAGUGUCUUUUCAGGAACUAAAGGAGGAGAUGUCAUGGUUGAUUGUGGUUUAUUUUCAUCUGGAACAACAAAGAUCUUCUGUAAGGGAGAAUGUGAACCAGAAAACAUUCUCAUCAACACAACAGAUGGCACAGCUCAGAGAGACAGAUACAGCAUCAGACAUGAAGAACGAUCUGAUGGAAGAGUAUCUCUGUAUGUGACCAUCACAGAGCUGACCAAGUCUGACUCAAAACUUUACUGGUGCGGUGCAGGCAGAACCCAAUCUUCAGUUUCAUACGAGAAGGUGGAAGUCAUUGUCAGAGAUGCACUGCUGACUGGAAACCAUGAAGACAAACUGCUCAAAAUGAGAACUGGAGAAGACGUCACAGUUCAAUGUUUCUUUACUUCCUUUGGAAUAUCAAAGUUCUUCUGUAAAGACUCAUGUCAAGAAAAGGUUCUUGUUGGAACAGAUGGUGACAGAGCUCAGAGAGACAGAUACAGCAUCAGAUAUUUAACAGGAACUAGAGGAGGAUCCUUUCUGUUUGUGACCAUCACAAAUCUGACCAAGUCUGACUCAGGACAGUACUGGUGUGCUCUGGACUCGUCUUCACUCACUCAGGACUUUGAGCUCAUUGUUACAGAUG